AUGAAAUUCACCAGUACCUUUGCCUUGUUAGCGCUACCUUUCGGUAUACUUGCGCAAGAACUUACCCAGACUGGAGCACCUUGGGGCCUUCGUGCCAUCUCGCAUCGCAAACCGCACGCGCGCCCACGGCAGACCAGCCUUCGCCGAUUCGAGUACUUUUAUGAUAAAAUGGCGGGAGAGGGCACUUUUGGGUAUGUCAUUGAUGGCGGCGUUCGCAUCACCCACAAGGAGCUUGAGGGGCGUGCUGAGAACCUCUGGACGGCGGAUUAUUCGUACCCAGGCAACGAGCCCAACUACGACGAUACGUCAGGCCACGGCACACACGUUGCCGGAAUCAUUGCCUCGAAAACCUACGGAGUGGCCAAGAAAGCCCGUAUUAUAGCUGUCAAGGUGCCAGACCGCUCCGGAACAAUGACGUCAUCAAAUCUACUGUCAGCUAUCCAUAGGUCUGUUAAGGAUAUCCUUGACAAGGGCCGUGUCGGCAAGGCCGUCAUCAACCUUUCUCUGGGUGGCUCCUGCCAACAGAAAUCAAUUUCGCAAGCCAUUACUCGGGCUGUGGCUAACGGGAUCACCGUUGUGCAAGCUGCCGGCAACAAUGGCAAGGACGCUAAAGACCAUUGCCUCGCCCCGAAUGCUAGGGCCAUCACCGUUGGAAACAUGGAUCAAGAUUGGACCGCAUACAGUACUUCUAAUUACGGGUCCACAGUGGAUAUAUUCGGGCCAGGAACAGAUAUUCUUUCACUUUCCAACGCAGACGAUAAGAAGUCUCAGUUGAUGACUGGCACGUCAAUGGCGGCACCUCAUGUUGCCGGUGUUGCCCUUACCUUCAUGUCAGGCUCUCCUAAGCGUCGUCACGACAUUGUGAGUCUGCUUGAUUCGACUUGCACCAAGGAUAAGAUAAAGGGCGACUUGCGCGGAUCUCCAAACAAGCUAGUCAACAACAACAACAAGAAACAGGAGAAAUAG